AUUUGUACAAAAAUGGAUCUGUAAACGACUCUGUUUUUGUUAUAUACAACGUAAUUGAUGCACAAUCCUUUUUUUUUUCCGCACAAUUAAUUCAACGACAUGUAAUGAUAUUGUAAAAGUGUGAGGCUAAUUAAAGAAGUUGUUAAAAUGUACAUCUGUUCUAAAUUAUACAAUGCUUUCUUUUUGAUAGAGAAACUGUUAAAUAGCUAAUGUAUGGGAAUGGAUGAAAUAUUUUAAGCAUGAUGUAUUUAUUGGGCGUAUGCCCAAUCCCAUAUGCGUUAUAUAUAAACAUUGCUUUUAGGAUAGCAAUAUGUUUUAUCUCAAUGUACUGUUGUAAUGUAAAAGAUAUUAAUAUUUUAAUAGAUAAUUUUAAACAGCGUAAAAAUUGUUAAAUGUUCAAAUGAAAAAUUUUAUGAAUUUUAGGGGAUUAGUCAAUGUAUACCAACUACUCACCAACGAAGUAAAUACCUCAAAGAAUUUAAGACCAGAUGCCCUGCGCAUUGUUCUUGUUGACCAUGAUAUUCAAUUAGAACAAGUUUUGGUAAUUGUAAGCCAUAUGUACCUGUACAAUUUAUGAUAAAUAUAGAGAUUAUUAAAUCGAACAGUUCGACAGCUUAGGGUGAUUCGUUUUAACGCAAUGCUUAAAACGUUCAGUGCUUCGACUCGUCUGGCGAAUAGCAAAUACUAUCUCGCCUGCGAAUUUAUCGUCGGCUGAUACGGAAAACCGUCGUAAAAAUCUUAGCGACACAUACCUUAAAUACCUCUCUCCAUAAAGUUGUAGCCAUAAACGUGAUAGUAAAUAGUCAGGCUUUUUAAAUUGUCACUACCUCAGACCACUUCAUUUAUACAAUAAAGUGGAGGAAUGAUGGUAAAUUUUAAUAAAAAACAUCGAGUAUUGUAAAAGCGAAUCACCUAGUGCCUUAAACGUACGCGUAUAUAUAUUUGUAUAUUUGUAAACAUUUGUAUGUACGUGUAUACUAUAUAACAUGCCCGCUGUUCAAUGAAAACUGGAUUGUGCUUCAGAAUAUGUAACACAGCCGCUAUCAACAAAUUACCAGGCUUGCACCACUAAAAAUGUAACAAGAAUACUGAACACAAUAUAUGAAGAAAUGAUACCAGUUUUCAUAUUGUUUAAAAGUGUACUAGAAUAUUUAGAAGCACCACCACUAGUUUAUUGCUAGCAUUAUAUGGGUGCUAAUUUUUACAAACAUUAUACUUAGAAAGCUUUCAAAUACUUGUUCUAAUGUUGGUGACUAGAUUCAUCUAUUAUAAUCUGUAAAUUUAUCCCUUUUUCAAUCCAGGUUAACGGAUAUUGUUACAUCUAGUUGUACACAGUUUUGAUCUUCCCACUUGCUUGUGAUACCUUCUGUAACUUUCCUCACUCUACUUUAUCAACACUUGAAUCUUAUAUGGUGCCUAAGGUCUUCUCGCAUUAAAAGGAUUCUUAUAUAUUAUGUUUUAAAUUUUGUAACACCUUAUGGUUUACAUUAUUUGUUAAUGAAUAUGCCAUGUAUAAGUGCUCUAUUGUUUUAUAUUGUCAUAAACACCAGGGUGCUAUUUACACCGAAAAGGAUAUUCACCUCUCCCUGCAUACUUUUAUUAACUUCCGAUAUGUUCAUAUUUGACUAUGCUGUUACUUUCGAUCAACUGAAAAUCGAUACGAUUUUAAAAUUGAUUUUCCGUUGAUGUAACUUGAUUACAAAUCAUCAUAAAAUGUGCUUAUGUGUAGCAUUAAUUCAAGAAAUCAUGUUAAAUUAUAUUUAAAAAAAAAAAUGUGUAAGUGUUGGUUGUUAGAUUGAAAAUUCAAAGCAUUAUAAGACAACUAUUUGUCAAUUAGAUUAAGAUCUAAUAAGAUGGAUGGCCUAAUAAGGCCAUCUUAAUAAUUUCAGACAUAAGGCAAUGCCCUACCUCUACCUCCCUGUAACAAAUAUCGAACACCAGAAGCCCGACUUACCAUUUAUACAAAGUUUUGUAGAAUCCAUUUUACAAAAAUAGUGAAACCUAAAUUGUAUUAAACAAUGUUAAUUAUACAUUUAUGAAAACAUCGAAAUCGUUGCAAUGCUCCUUACAUUAGUGUUAUUGAAAAAAUAUUGUUGUGUGAAACAUAUCAUGUCGCUUUAUUUUAUAGUUUAUAUUGUGUAAUUAAAAUUUGCUUCGCUACAUAUUUCAAUAUCAAAUUGUUCCGAAUAAGUAACUUCAAUGAUAAAAUAGCACCCCUUUAAGUUUUGUGCAACAGAAAAAUUGCAUGUUUGAAAUGUAGAUUUUGACUUGACAAUUUGAUUGUUUCGUCAAUUUGUAAUUCCUGUCUAUUAUAAUUUUCUUAAUAAUCGAUCUUAAGGUUCAGAUACUGUUUAAGAAAACAAUUAUUGUAUCUAUUUAUUAAAUCUUUCUUCUCUCAAACAUUUUACUGUUUUAGUUUACCUUUUUUACAUACCAAGUUUUCUGAAUAAGGUGUGGUGCUACACUAACUAAAAAUCACUACUUAGCUCACGUGUAGUCCCAUGCAAGUACCGACUAGUUUCAAAACCAAGAGACACCUUCCCGCCCAUACGUGAGAUCGGCGUGAGGCGCGUAUAGACCUUUAAUAAUUUACUCACACUUAAAAGGAUCUCCACGAGCGCAAGUAUGACAAAAAAUGUUGCAAAUGUUUUAGAAUUCACGACUAUAACUUGUAGUUUGUUUAUGGUUAAGGGCAGUGGCGAACCAAAAACUAAAUUUGACAUAUGAAAUACCCAUAGGCGAAAUAUCUUGCGAUAGAUUCUUCAAUACUUUUAUAUCUGUUUAUUUUUUUUACGUACACCUUCGUCAUCGUAGUAUAACAUUAGUAACCCGUUGCUGCUUUUUAUCUGUAUAUUUGUGGGUGCCAAUCUUAGUAACAAAAAACUUUAUUCAUUCUUCUCCGAUUUCGUCGCCACGUAAUAAAAAAUAACAUUCGAACUUUGAAAAACAAAUACCUAAGUAUCCGUGAGAAAACACAUUUGUCGGGGAUGAACCGUAUCAUAUGUGUUACUCCAAACUUUGUUUUAUAUAUGGGCCAUACAUGUUGAACCGUUGCAGAAUUAUCAAGUAAACGUGAAAAAACAAAAUUAAUGUAGCCCUCUGGGGCCGCAACUAUUUCUGGGAUGAAAGGAGACUAUAGACCCUACAGCUAUGCUAAAUAUCAUCAAGUUCCGUUCAGCCGAUAAGGCUACUAAUUCUAAUAAAUUACAUCCAUCCAUUCAUCUAAACUUUCAUUAUGUUUUUUUUUUUUACUUAAUAGUCAUAAAAAGCGAAUUCAAUCAAAAAACCAGACGAAAAUGUCUAUGUAAGGGCGAGAUUUUUAAUUUACCAUCUUUCAUCCACCUGUUGAAAUAGACAUUGUUGUGGCUCUGUUUGUUUUUAUGUCAAUAUCCUAGUAUCACAAGAUGUUUUCGAACUGUAGUGAUCAGGCAACUCUUGCAAAAAUCAAUACAUACGUGAUGAGGGCGCCGACGCGAUAAAUUUUAAACGCACCUGCGUCAUAUUGAUUAAUAGUUCUUUACUCUUGUAUAUUUGAAAUCACAAAAUCAAAAGGUGAAAUGUUAAAACAGUAAUAAUAACUGCCUGGUUUAGUAGUUGUUGUUUGAGAAUUGUUGUGUUUGGAGAAUAUUAAAAACUAAUAAUAGUUCAAUUUUCUAUAAUUAAAAAUAUUACCCACUGAAUUCUGAAAAAAUGUCUGACUCUAAACAUCAAUGGGAAAAAGAUCCAGAAUCUGCCUUGAUUCAAUCAGGUAUCAGAUCAGGAAGAUCAGGAAACAAUCAAGAUCAAGAAAGUAAGGCUGAAUCGUCAGAAGUGGAUAGCACAGUCAAAAGAGAAAGCACUCAUAAAAAGUCGGAUAACGACCAAGUAGCAACAACCAGUUCUAUGUCAAAAAAUGAAGCAAGUUGUAAACUCGAUGACCGGCACAAAACAUUAGAUGACAGUUAUACCAAAGACCCAAGAAAAUGGGCACAAUUACCACCAAUUGUGAAAUGUGUUUACAUGGAAGAUCCACAAGUGAGCAAUAUGUCGACUAGCCAGGCGGCAGAAUGGAGACGAGAAAACUUUGAUAUGCAAGUGUGGAGAACCAUUGAUAACAAGUCUAAUUUAACACCAGAACAACAACCAGAUUUAAAACCAAUACCUAACCCAGUGUUAUCUUUUGAACAUGUCUUUAAGAACUAUCCAGAAAUAAUGGAAAAAAUAGAAAAGCUUGGUUUUAAAAAACCUACACCAAUUCAAAGUCAAGCCUGGCCAAUCCUUUUAGGAGGAGAAGAUUUGAUAGCAACUGCACCGAAUGGUACAGGUAAAACACUGGCUUACUUAUUACCCGCUUUGAUCCACAUUGGAGUCCAAAUCAGGCCAAAAGAAGAGAGGCGAGUUCCUCUUGUACUCAUUUUAGUACCUGGAAAAGAACUUGCCAUUCAAACCCACAGAAUUAUUUGUAACUUUAAAGAUAAAGAUAUUAAAUCUGUAUGUCUGUAUGGUGGAAUAAACCGAUAUGGACAAAUACAAGUUAUUAAUAAAGGAGUUGAUAUAGUUGUAGCCACUCCUGGUCGUUUCAAAACCUUAAUUUGUUCAGGGUAUUUGUAUGCUAACAACUUUACCUAUAUUGUUUUUGAUGAAGCAGACAGAUUGUUUGAUACCAAGCUUGCGGGAGUAGUAUGUUCGUCAUUGUACAGUGCCCGACCGGAUCAUCAACGGGUAUUGCUUUCUGCUACAUGGCUACCAAGGGUUAGGACCUACAUACAUGAUUUUAUUAGGAACACAACAGAAAUCACUGUAGGUUCCUUGGAGCUGGCUACUGUCCGUACCGUAAGGCAGACAAUUAGGUUUGUUGGAGAUGGUGAAAAAGACAAAGCCCUGUUAACUUUCAUAAGUAAUAUGAGUCCAACUGACAAAGUUAUUGUCUUUUGUAAAAAUAAAAAUGCUAUCUCACAUGUCACCAAAGAAUUAGCAGCGAGAAGGAUAAAACACCUCACUUUGCAUAGUGGAUUAGCCCAAAAACAACGUGAAGCUGCCUUCAACACAAUAUUACAAGGUCCUACUAAGAUAUUACUGGCUACAGAUAUAGCCUCCAGAGGGAUUGACUUAAAAGACUUGACACAUGUCAUAAAUUAUAGCUUUCCGCGUACCCUUGAAGAUUAUGUACAGAGAAUUGGCAGGACAGGUAGAGCUGAAAAACGAGGAACUGCAAUAACCUAUAUGACACAAUAUGAUUGGAAACAUGCCAAUGGCUUAAUAAAAAUAUUGAAAGAAGCAAACCAAGAAGUUGCGAAGCAAUUGGAAAAGUAUGCCGAAAGAUUUGAACUAAUGAUGCAGGAAGGAAAUGAAAGUUCCAAUGACUAUGAAUUUGAAAUUUGUUAUAUCGAGUAUAGGGAAUAGAUUCCUUGUAAUUGUAAUAAAUAAAUAAAUAAUAAACUUAUUAACCAUAUCCACUAAUACUUUGCAUAAGUUUACUGUGCUUCUUGUUUAAAAUGUUCUUAUGCAAAUAUCAUUGAUAUCUAUUAAAGUAUUUGUGCAUGCCUCAAAAAGGUUUGAUGUAAUUGUUGCAUUAAAAUAGUUUCAUAGACUUGAGUAAUAUUAAACUACAUGCAUAAACUUAUAAAUAAAUUCUAAGAAGCAAACUAAGAUGACAUUUAUAAAUCGAGAAUUACAAUAAAAAUUUGAAGCCAUGUUGUGAAGAAAAGUUUAAAAUGUAACUAAUAAUUUAUAAUACUUGUGAAUGAGCCUGUGUACACUAAGUUGAAUAUGUAUAAAUAUAAUGUAA